AAAGCUUUCAUUUUACUUAUUAGAAAUUUUAUUCAAACCAGACAAACCUUGUAUUGAUCUAAUACCAGAGGUUUAAGACUUUGAAAUGGAAGAAAAAGGCAUUGAACUAGAACUCCCCAAGAUCGAAUCAGCUGAUCUCGAAGGUACUGGACCCAAGUUCCGAUCGGUUUCGCAAUGGAUCACCGAUUGAAGCGACACCGAAUCACGCCGAUCAGUGUCACCUACUCCUUACGCGGAGUCAAUCUUUCCUGGAACCACUCCAGGAAGAUCACCCGAGCGCUUCCAGAGUGAUCACCCACCCCGUCUCCCUGCUCAGACCACUACGACCGACGGAGCGUUUGUGUACACUACUAAACGAUUCGCAGAAUCUCAAACCGAACUGAACCAACCCGGUACGGUAACCUUGUCAAGGAUGCAGGACGCACCGAUGGCCGAAGGAUCGAACCAACGGCUGGUCCCUCAGGACAAAGGCAAAAAGCCAGAGGAAGCAGCACGAGCUCCAAAGGAGUCUCGAGUACUGACAAUCGAGGAAGUGGCGAAGGAGGCGAAGUACCUAGAAAUAUGGCAGAAGCUCAAGCUAGCCUAUUUCGAGUGGGAAGUGGCCCGAGCGAUGGACGACUCGAAUCCCAAGAAGCUCAGACUGUGCAAGGAGUCGGUCUUCACCUCCAGGAAGAACUGGAAGGUCCUAAUUCAGGAAUACGGUCUGAACGACCAGAGGAUCAUGGAAUGGCUCCGAGCUUACUUCAGGAACGGGAUGACGGAAUGGAAUCCAAACGACCUCUUGAUUCACGGCUUCUUUCACCGGAACGAGGAAGCUCAGGUGGGUACCUCUCAGCCUCAAGCGACCAAGGUGGACCAACCCCAAAAGCGCUCCAAGCAUUUCCACAACGAGAAUUGUCACCAAUUCGAUUGGGACGACGCACGAGCUUACAUCAGAGCCCAAGUCAUGAUGGGUCAAACCCUCCUUCAAGAGGAGGGUUCCAACAACUCCAAUCGACGCCGAGGAAAGUACAAACCUCGAGGCAAGUAAAAGAAAAUAUGAAAUGGCUAAGCAUUUCAAACAAAUUCAUAUCCAAUUCAAUGACUUGGAUAGAGUAGAUAGGAUUUUUGAAGAACAUUUUUUGACGAGUAACUCUAACAUGGAACAAGUUUUUAAUAAAGUUGAUUUGAUUUCUCAAUUAAGUAGAAAAUAUAUUCAGAAUACUUAUGAGGUAGUUAAUAAACUAGAUCAAAAAAAAUUUAGUGAGGGCUCUCCCUUUAUUUCUGCUUUGGAUUCUUUCAAAAAAAUUUUAAAUGAAAAUAAAAAAUUAUCUGUUUCCUCUUCUUUCACAAAGUUAUCUCCAAUGCCAAAUGAGAAAUCUUUUUCUAAUGAGCC